AUGAUGGAAGAUGAAAUCGGGAUUCCGGUGCAAUGGACACCAUUGUGUGAGGAGUACUUUCAAGCCAGUAAGGGAUUGCUUGAACGGAAGUACUGUCAGAUGUUGGAGAAAUUGGAGAAGUUGGUCAUGCAGCGUCUAUUUGAGUUGACAAAGCUCAAUAUGAGUGGUGUAGGGUAUAAGCAACAGGAAAAAAUUUCCAAGGCCAUCAGAAAGACACUGGAUGGUUACAACGAACUCGCUCUCCUUAUGACCCCUCCCCAACAAACCCCCACACCUAACCAAACACUUGAAAUGGUGACUGUUGCUGACUUCGACCUUCUCAAGGACACCCAGAACUGUUGCUGA